UACACAAAUAAUUUAGAGCUGUAAUUCCUUCGAAGGGCUUAUCGAGAAAUACGCAGCAAGGGGAGUUGAAGCUACGAUGAUACAGUGAUGGUUUCCGCCUACACUUGGAAGCUCUGUCUUCUUAACAAUGCAAAUGGCGGCUCCUGUAAUCUCCUCAAAACCCCUCUUUACUUUACAAAUGCCCUAAUUCACCCAUUUCCUCUGCUGCCACUUCGCCUCGGGUCAUCACCAACUCCUCUCCACUCUACAUCCAUUCCUGUCUCCACCAUUUCCAAUCCUGUAAUUGAAAUUAAGAAUCGUCUGCGCUGGCCGCUUCCGGUUCUCGAAUUCGUCCAUGGUGAUGGUGGCAGCAACGACAACAAUCAGAAUAACAAUGGAGAUGGUGGGUCUAAUAGUAACGACGACAAUAACUACCUAUUUGAUGACGGCGAUGGCGAGGAUUCUUCUCGGUUCUUUCGUUUAUUGCUCUCCUCUUUUCUUGUAUGCUUUUGCUGCUUCUUCAGUUUCCAAUUGGCCUCGGCCAUUGCUAUUGCGAGAAACAUAACAACGGGCGCAGACUCAGAGCAUGUGGUGUGGGAGGUAAAAGGGAGCAAGUGGACUCCAUUCUUCGCUGAUUUUUCCAAGGACGCGUUUGUCGCCGCAACAUCGUCUAUGCUGUCUGUCGGAGACUUCUGGGCGCACUGCAGGAAUCUCGUUGUGCGAUUGUUGCUUCCGGAAGGGUUCCCUGGAAGCGUUACAGCGGAUUAUUUGGACUACUCGCUCUGGCGAGGAGUUCAGGGUGUCGCCAGCCAAAUCAGUGGUGUGCUAGCUACACAGGCGUUGCUUUAUGCUGUUGGGUUAGGUAAAGGAGCCAUUCCUACUGCGGCUGCCAUCAAUUGGGUGCUUAAGGACGGAAUUGGGUAUUUGAGUAAGAUUAUGCUGUCGAAAUAUGGGCGCCACUUCGAUGUUAAUCCAAAAGGGUGGAGACUUUUUGCUGAUCUUCUUGAAAAUGCUGCUUUUGGGAUGGAGAUGUUGACUCCUGCUUUCCCGCAUCUUUUUGUCUUAAUUGGUGCUGUUGCUGGUGCUGGCCGUUCUGCUGCUGCGCUCAUCCAGGCUGCUACCAGAAGCUGCUUCUAUGCUGGUUUCGCUGCUCAAAGAAACUUCGCUGAGGUCAUUGCAAAGGGUGAAGCUCAAGGAAUGGUUAGCAAAUCUAUAGGCAUCAUGCUUGGAAUAGCAUUGGCUAACUCCAUAGGCACUUCUACAACUCUUGGGCUUUCUUCAUUUUGUCUCAUAACAUGGAUCCAUAUGUACUGCAAUCUCAAGUCAUACCAAUGCAUCCAACUAAGGACGUUAAAUCCCUAUCGUGCAAGUUUGGUUUUUAGUGAAUAUCUUCUUAUUGGCCAAGCUCCCAUCAAAGAUGUUAAUGAUGAAGAACCACUUUUUCCCACUCUACCAUUCCUUUGUAUAAGAUCUGCCAACAAGAAUAUUGAUUUGGAACAGAUAGUGCUGAAAGAAAGUUCUUCGCCAAAAGAAAUGCUCAAGUCAUUAUUUCAAGUGAAUUACCUAUACUGGCUGGAGAAGAAUGCAGGAAUUGAAGCAAGAGGUGUCUCUAUGGAUUGCAAACCAGGAGGGCGGCUACAAAUGUCCUUAGACUAUGUGCGAAGAGAAUUUAACCAUGUCAAGAAUGAUAGUGAAUCUGUGGGUUGGAUUGCUGAUGGGCUCAUCGCGAGGCCUUUAUCAAAUAGAAUUCGUCUGGGAUAUGCGGGCUCUUCACCUACAAGCUGAUUCAAAAGUAAAUUAUCCAUCCUCUUCCAGAGCAUUUUGUUUUAAUGGAAGGAGGAGUUACCAUCAUGAUCAGAAGGAUUCUUUAUCAACUUUGCUCCUUUCAUUCAAUUACUUGCUCCCUGCUGCCAAAAGCAUGAAGGUUUUUCUUGCAGGGGAAUUCAGUGGUAAUCAUUAUUAUCUUAACCAGAACAGAGAGCAUUUGAACUCAGGUAACUCUUAGCAGUAAGUAGUGCAUGGUAUCCUAUAGGUGGACACAACUUGAAAAUAUUAGAAGCAGAAGUUGGUUGAAUUUUUUUGGGGAAGAGAUACUUAAGCAAGUUGGUUGGUACUUUGGCCCGAUAGAAGUGGGGAAGGGCAUUUUGGGAUUUCUAAGGCAAGAAAAAGAAGAAGAAUUGAAAGGAGAGAUCGACAAAGAGAAAGGAGGCUGAGUGAGAUUGAAGAGGUCCGUUGAAAAAAAACACCAAAAUUUUUUCUUCUUCCCCCGUGUUUUCGGCCAGCCUGAAGCAAUCGCGGUAUAACUUGACUGUGUUUUUUUGUUUUCUUCUAAAUUAGAUAUGGGAGGUAUAGAUUCAAACUUGGUUUAGAAUGGGUUGAAGUGCGAUGGGUGUGUGGAUGGUUUGGUUUAUCAGCAAGAGUCAGAAAUUAAAAAUUUGUUUUCCUAUUUGUUUGGUUUGCUUCCCCUAGUUUGAUUGUAAGAUGGUAAAUUUUAAAUGAGUUAGAGAUCCUUGGUUUUAUAUUUAGGCAUGAACGUAAUUUGUCUGGUGAUUUUAUGCUUGGUUUAAGUCUUUUUUCCCAAAACCAA